GCUGACAUCACCAUUGUGAAAAACCUGAAGAGCCCGCCAGCUGGCGUGAAGCUUGUAAUGGCCGCUAUAUGCGUCAUGAAGGACAUCAAGCCGGAGAAGAUCAAUGACCCAGGUGGCACUGGUCAAAAGAUUCUAGACUACUGGGGGCCAUCGAAGAAGAUGCUUAGUGAUAUGUCUUUCCUGAAUUCGCUGCGUGAGUUUGACAAAGACAACAUAGCUGUCCACAUCAUGGCCAAGAUCCGCAAGGAGUUCAUUCCCAAUCCCGAGUUCGACCCUGUCAAGGUGCGUAACUCGUCGUCAGCCGCGGAAGGUCUAUGCAAGUGGUGUCGUGCUAUGGAGAUUUACGACCGUGUGGCAAAGGUUGUCGCUCCAAAGAAGCUGAAGCUGAAGGAGGCGCAGUCGACACUUGCAGCCACACUGGCUAUUUUGGAGUCAAAGAGAGCUGAGCUGAAGGAGGUAAGUGUUUGUAGCAGUGGAUCCUGAAUGAAGUAAGAGAGACCUAUUAACAAGAGU